CGAAACCGUUUUCCACAUUUUACAACUAUGGGUCGCGCACGAACGAAAACAAAAAAGGUUAAGCCGGUAGCCACAAAAACAAUAGCGGAGGAUUCUGAACCUCCCUCUAUACCUGCUUUGCUCGAAAAGGCUCAAUCACUCAUUGUGCAAUGUGACUAUGACCUGGCGAAACUGUUCGUCCAGCGGGUUAUUGAGCGAGAACCUACAAAUGUCGAGGGCAAGGAGAUGUUGGGCGUUGUUCAGUUGGAGACUGGUGAUAUUGAGGCUGCUAAGCAGACCUUCCUAUCCUUGGUACCACCACAUCCCGAAGCUCCAUCAUCACCGCCGCCUUCUGCACACCUGUACUUGGCCCAGCUUAAUGAUGAUGACCCGCACAUGGCUUUGCAGCACUACCAAGCCGGCGUAGACAUAAUGAACUCACAGCUAAAGGGCAAAGAACGUGCAGUUGACACCGUUGGAGUACCAGAAGAUGAAGCGGCGCUGAGACAAAACACUGUGAGGGCAUUGAUAGCAAUGGUGGAGAUUUGGAUGGAUCCUUCGUAUGACUUAUGCUUCGAUCCUGUGGCGGAAAAGACCUGUGAAGACCUGUUAAACCUCGCUCUCCAGAUUGAUCCUGGAAACAGCGAAGCUUUCACGUCCCUCGCAUCCGUCCGGCUAUCCCAACAACGACCAGGAGAUGCAAAACAAUGUCUGGAGCAGGCGUGGACAUCUUGGAAAGACCUCGAAGCAGACGAUUCUCGAUUACCCCCAAUACCAACCCGAUUAGCUCUUGUGAAACUAUUUCUAGAACUUUCACUGUAUACUCCGGCAUUACUCGUUCUACAAGGUAUCAUGGCGUUUGAUGAUCAGGAAGUCGAAGCGUGGUACCUUGAAGGAUGGUGUUUCUUCCUCAUGGCUGAGCAAGCGAAGGAGAACGGAGGAACGCUUGAUGAAUUGACUUGGCAAGAGCUCGGUCGGGAUGCGAGGGAUUGUUUGGAGACUUGUCAAACAGUCCGUGUCUAUUUCUUCUUCCCUCUUCACUUUUUUGAUGUCGAGCUGACGUUUUGUGAUACUAGCUCCAUAUCGAUCAGGAACAUCCUGAUCGACCAAUGUUAGAACAUGUCCAAGAACUAAUCAGCAAACUUGAAGCACUGGGUAUCCAACCUUCGCCGGAUGAUGCUGAUGAGGGUGAUGGCGGCGAUGAUUGGGAAGAUGUGGAGAGAAGCGAUGAUGAGGAUGAGGACGUUGACAUGGCGUAAUUGUUCCUUUCUAGGUGCUUCAUCUGAGGGUGUGUGUUAUUGGAUUAGACUUCGAAAAGUAUUCUAUGGUUCUUGGUUCUUAGUUCUUUGGGCUGACAAUUCGUUGAUUGUGAGCAGAGAUAGGCUGAUUACUAUCCCGUUGUCUAAAUUCCACUGUCGUCAGCUCACGUGUUUUCUCGAUGUCUUAUUUCUUCCCAGAUGCUAUACCGCCCACUUGCUGCAAGGACCUCACAGUCGAAAGCCACCCUAAGAGUCAGGACUCAGGAUGACCCAUCUGUACUUAUACAUUGACACUUUUUUGAACACAGCUCCAGGAUCCAUCUUCGAAAUUCUUCUACCGCCCCUUCACAUCUAAUUGAUUCCAGCGUUCAAUCAUCAACUGUGAUUGGUCGCGUCCUUCUGGCAUGGGGAAAACCGUCUUUGCCACAUAGGCUGUACUGCGUUCAACCGAGGGUACGACGCACCUUAUUCUUU